CGUAAAUGUGUACGUAUAUACCAAAAAAGUUAUUGGGCAUUUGUAAGGCCAUAGGGCCAUGCUCAGUUUGGAGCAAGAAGUCGGUGCCUGGGAUUCGGUUCUAUUGGAACCUAUUUCUGAGGACAGUUUUGUUUCAAAUUUACAUCAACGUUUUAAGCGGGAUCAUAUUUACACGUAUAUUGGUACAGUCCUUAUUUCCGUUAAUCCAUAUAAAAAGUUAGCUCUUUAUUCGGCAGAAUUAGUUAGGGCUUAUAUGACUCGUGGUCCAUUUCAUCUACCUCCACACGUUUAUGCAGUUGCCGGUACAGCAUACAAAUGGCUUCGAGAUCGAAAUGAAGAUCAAUGUAUAAUUGUUUCGGGUGAAAGUGGUUCUGGGAAAACAGAAGUAGCACGUAUUGCAUUACAGUUCAUUGUAUUAGCAUCAGGUUCUGAUAGUGAAGUCCAACAAAUUAAAGAUCGUUUGGUACAAGCUGGUACAUUAUUAGAAGCGUUUGGUAAUGCACGAACGACACGUAAUGAAAAUGCAUCAAGAUUUGGAAAAUUUUUGGAUAUUGAAUUUGAUUUUAAAGGAGAUCCAAUUGGUGGCCAUAUAACUCAUUUUUUAUUGGAAAAGACUCGUGUCACAAAUUUAGUCCCAGGCGACCGAAACUUUCAUGUAUUUUAUCAGUUACUCACGGGCGCUGAAAUAUCAUUGCUCAAAGCACUUAAACUGCAGCGAAAUAUCGACAAUUAUGUUAUCCUGCACAAUAAUGGUACCACUUGUUCACGUUUGCACAACGAUGAAGGAACAGAAACUGAUAAAGCUCAUUUUCUAUUUACGAAGACGGCUUUUGAAGUAUUGGGUUUUACACCUGAAGAGAUAAUGAAUGUUUUUCGUGUGGUUGCAACUGUGUUAAAAUUGGGUAAUUUAGUAUUUAUACCUGCUAGUAAUAUUGAUGGCACUGAAGGAUGUACGAUAAGUAAUGAUUAUGAAUUGUAUGAAGUUUGUGAAUUGUUGGGCGCUGAAGUGAGAUGGUUAGAAAAUGCAUUAACAGUGCGUUCUGUGGAAGGUGCUGGUGUUACUGCUGAUUUAUCAGCAUGUGAAGCAGCCAUUACAAGAGAUUCCCUUUGUAAAGCACUAUAUAGUCGUUUAUUCACUUGGAUUGUAUGUCGUGUAAAUGAAACCACAAAAGCAAAAACGUACGGUAAACGACGUACAUUAGGUGUAUUAGAUAUUUAUGGUUUUGAAAAUUUGGAACAAAAUGGUUUAGAAACUUUAUUAAUAAAUUAUUGUAAUGAAAGACUACACAGAACAAUUGUCAAUUCGACAUUAGGUUUAGAACAAGAGGAAUAUGUACGUGAAGGUCUUGAAUGGACGAAAAUACAUUAUUUUGAUAACAUUGUUAUAUGUGAUUUAAUUGAUAAGCGGAGUCAUGGUAUACUAGCUCUGUUAGAAGAAGUUCAUGUUCAUAGCGAUGAUGCAUUCUUUACACGCCUUCAACAAUGCUGCGCAGGACACUCUCACUGUCUUCUAAUGGAUACAAAUCUUCCUCCCCUAAGUUUUCAAAUACGUCAUUACGCUGGACCAGUAAUAUAUAAUAUCCAGGGUUUUGUUGAUAAAAAUGUUGAUGUAUUACAUCGGGAUGUAUCAAAAGCUAUGUAUAGAUCUGAUCAUGCCUUACUUAAAAUAUUAUUUCCUGAAGGGAAUCCAAAACGUUGUAAUGUUAAACGACCACAUACAAUUGGUACACAAUUUAAGAUAGCAAUCGAUGCCUUAGUUAAAACCACAUCAAAUAGACAACCACAUUAUAUACGAUGUAUAAAACCAAAUGAAUUAAAACAAUCACGAUUAUUUGAGAUAGCUUUGGUUCAACAUCAAGUUAGAUAUUUGAGCUUAAUGGAAACAGUUCUUGUACGAAGAUCUGGUUUUUCAUAUCGUUUGCCUUAUACACAAUUCCUUUUACGUUAUAAAAUGUUAUCACGACAUACAUGGCCACAUUGGCCACGUGGUAGUUCAUCUAGUACACCAAUAGAAGCUACAGUUCAUUUAAUACGUUCAAUACCUGUUCCUACGGCUGAAUUUAAUUUUGGACGAACAAAAUUAUUUAUUAGAAGUCCACGAACGUUAUUUGAAUUAGAAGGUUUUCGUGCAGCUCGUUUACAAGAUUUAGCAGUAUUAGUUCAAAAAACGUGGCGUUGUUAUCGAUUUCGCAAACGAUAUUUAUUAAUGCGACAAAGUCAAAUUGUUAUUGCGGCUGCAUGGAGAAGUUGGCGGGAAUGCAAAUUAGGCCUCCCUUUUGAAGGUCGAAGACACUUAUGGUGUUUAUACAGAGUGGCACGUGAAGAGGCUCGAUUAUUAAAACACAGAAAACAAAUAGAUUGGGCUGUUCGGGUAAUUCAAAGGCAUUAUGUUCAGUGGAAGAGAAGGCAGUUUUUACGAAAAUUACCAUAUAUGUUACCAAGCGAUAGUGAUUCUCCAAUUUGUCGUGAUUGGCCACCAUGUCCACCUCAAUUAGCUGAAACUAGUUUAUUAUUACGUAAAAUACACCACAAAUGGAGGUGUUACAAAUAUCGGCUACGUUUUGAUCAAACAGCGCGUAAUCGUAUGCGUGAAAAAGUUACAGCUAGUAUUAUUUUUAAAGAUAGAAAAGCUUCAUAUCCUCGAAGUGUUUCACAUCCAUUUCUUGGUGAUUAUGUUCGUUUACGACAAAAUGUACAAUGGAAAAAAUUAUGUGUAGAAACCAAUGACCAAUAUGUAGUGUUUGCAGAUAUUAUUAAUAAAAUAACUAGGUCAAGUGGCAAGUUUGUACCAAUUUUACUUGUGGUUUCUACAAGUGCUAUGCUUAUUUUGGAUCAACGUACCUUACAAGUAAAAUACCGUGUACCUGCCGCUGAAAUUUAUCGUCUUUCAUUAAGCCCAUAUUUAGAUGACGUUGCAGUUUUUCAUAUAAGAGCGACCUCUCCUACUGAAUCUCCUAGCGUAACAGGGGGUUGUGGAGGUGGAAGUAUUUCAGAUCCUUCAACCCCAUCUGGCUGCUUGUUCCAGAGUGAUCUUGCAAAGAAAAAAGGCGAUUUUGUAUUCCAAACUGGUCAUGUGAUUGAAAUUGUUACCAAAUUAUUCCUAGUGGUACAAAAUGCUAUUGGAAAAGCACCAGAAAUUAAUAUAAGCACUGAAUUUGAAGCAAAUUUUGGUCAACAAACAGUAGUGUUUACAUUCAAAUGUACCGGUUUACCAGAAGUACAGCCUGGACAAAUACGUGUACUACGAAAAAGUAAUAAAAUGGAAGUAUUAGUUUGAAAGUAUAAUUUUCUAUACAAAAUGGUCAUUCAAUAUUGCUCAAGUUCAGACGAGGGAACUGAACGACAAUUUUAUUUAUUAUUCUCUAAGCAUUGUUUCUUUAUUUCUAUUCACACAAUUAUUCUAGCACAUAAUUAUUAUAAAAUGUUCUAUUACAUCAAAAAAUGUGACCAUGUGCAGUUAUAUAUCAA